AUGGCGGCCAUGGACACACCGGGGCCCGCUGAUCUUGUGCGCACAGCGUCACAGAACUCGAGCCUGUCGAACCCGAGAAACCGCAGCAUCGCCCGCAUACGCCCCUCGAAACGCAGCUCCAAUGCCUCGCUGAGCCGCAGCCGUAGCCGCGCCGCCUCGCCCUGCGAAGACACCAAGAGCCUCACGUCGUUCCCCUCCCUCUCGCCCAGUCCCGAUGCCUCGCCCGUCCAGUCCCGCAUCAACGGCUGGUUCCGCUCCACGCCCAACCCCAACGCCACCGAAAACAUUAAGAGUAGCGAGAACAAGCCCACAGCAUCUCCGGAUACCGUCAUUGCCAUCCCCCCGCCCGAUUUUGGCAAGAAUGUAGCAGCACCCUCGUCUACGGUCCGGAAGGUCACCAAGUCGACACAGCAGAUCGUGGGCAGCUUGGUAGCCACUUCUUCUACACGUGAGCGGUCUGCACUGUUCGACGAUGCCCCGCAGGAACAGGCCAAAGUAGUCGGGAACCUCCACUACUCAACAGAUCAGAACAUCAAGGAUGCGCUGGGCCAGAUGGGCGCUGUCGCCCUGGUGAGGCAGCUAGCGGGAGAUCUGGCACAGCGAGACGCCCAAGUCACGGCGCUGAGGAGACGAGCCGAGGAGCGUGAAAGGAUCCUGCGCAAGAUGCUCCAGGAGUGCGAGGUCUCCAACAUGGAUAUUGAGAGCAGAUUGCGAGAGUUAGAAAAGAGCAAGGAGUCUUCCAGUGGCCUUAGCAAGGUCAAGACGAGGGGAGACAGUGACCCGUCUGGCCUACACCCCGACGACCCAAUGGAGGACCGCCUGGCGAGGGCUAUCGAGGACGAAGUGGCCGAGCACCCCGAUGCGCUGGGCUUCGACUCUGGGACCAAACGUCCACCGGCCGAGGUUCGGUCGGUACACUCAGUAGCAUCGGAUGCAACACGCGACACAGGCCGCGCCGGAUGGAAGAGCUAUAUAUGGAACGGCACUAGUAGGAAGAGCAGCAGAGCUCCUUCGGUUGCCAGCAUGGUUGACAGAGAGGCAGAGACUAUGCCAGCACGAUCAAGGUCACGAGCUGAUAGUGGAGCGAAAGCGCGGAAAGGUCUUGCCAACGAUCUAUUUGUGCCUCCGAGGAACGAGCAAGCCGGUGGCGCGGUCCCUGCCUUGCGCAGGCUUCAUAGUCAGGACCAGAGCACCGGUCUGGAGACUCGUCGAUCUUCGUCUGUCUCGCUCGCCAGCUGGGCGUUGAAGAUGGUAGCAGGGAACACCCAAUCUAGCAGCGCAAAGUCAGCCACUGUUAGAGGCCGCAAGCACGCUUCCUCCGACGCAGCCGACCGCACGCCUUCCAUAGACUCAGCUAGGACGACACAGUCUGCAAGAUCUGCUUUGGCCAAUGCUCAGAGACGUGGGCGUACACUUGGUCCAAAUGGUACCAUAAAAAGCAUCUCUGCAGAACCAGCGAAGACUGUGUCCAACAGUAACGCUCCCAAUCCUCCCAACUGUGGCCUGAGCAACCUUGGACCUGUGGAGAUGGACAGGAUCCUACCUGAGGAGUCACGACCACCAACGCUUGUACAACAUCACAAUAGAUUUGUUGGGAGUAGCGAAUAUCUUACUGAUCGAUUUGGCUUUAUCUAUGAUCAGCGCCGCAAGAAGAGACAGAGCGAGGCCGCGGCAGAGCUUGCUAAACAAAAGCGAAAUAGUAACGUGGAGUCUCUAGGAGAUGCUAGAGGCAUGCUGAAUAAACUGGGCAUCCACGAAGAAGAAACAGACGAGGCUGCGACGGCAGCAGGCGCAAACGGCGUGGCCAAUCGACCCUCGAGCUCCAGCUCCGAGGACCAGAACGGCAAGACGAUGACGAAGACGUGGGCGGACUAUCUCAAAUUGGCAACACAUCCCACCGAAUUGCUCUCACACACACCAUCCGCAGCUCCCAUAACAUCUGUUCAGUCUGCAGAGGCUGAAUUCUCAGGACCCAAGAUGAGCCAGAUUACCUUGACGAAGCGAGGAUCUCUGCCGACGUCAAGCAGCAACCCCGAGCCUUCGCCGUCACGGAUAGUAUCAAGCAACGCAGAGCUUUCGGUCACUACUCCAUCUUCAGGACCAUCGACUCCUAUCAGCCCCUAUCCGCCUCAGAUCGAUCCUGUCAAGUCCCUUCUGGAUCAGAUGAGCGAUCUGCAUGAUAAUCUGCAACGAGAGAAGAGUGUGCGAUGGAAUGAGUUCUUGCGGAAGGUCCGCGCGGGCAACAAGCGUGAAGGUGUCGCGGCCAGCACUGGGGACGGUAGCUCAAAAGGCUACGUAGCCCCUGAAACUUUCCUAGCUGAUGGCGAGAUGGUCGGUAUCGCCAGCUUGGGCAACAAAGGCAGCGUCGGACGUGCAAAGUGGCAGGAGUUCCGCCGCCUGGUUCUCGGAGGCAUACCUGUGGCACUCCGCGCCAAAGUAUGGGCUGAAUGCAGUGGUGCAUCUGCGCUACGUGUACCUGGAUAUUAUGAAGACAUAGUCAGCAACGGCGAAGACGACCCCACCAUCGCGACACAAAUCCAGAUGGACAUUACCCGUACUCUGACGGAUAACAUCUUCUUUCGCACUGGCCCUGGUGUUCAGAAGCUCAACGAAGUCCUGCUUGCGUACUCGCGCCGCAACCCUGAGGUCGGAUACUGUCAAGGCAUGAACCUCAUCACCGCAUGCCUGCUUCUGAUACUACCUACCGCUGAAGACGCAUUCUGGGUCCUCGCAACGAUGAUUGAGAACAUCUUACCACAAAACUACUACGACGCGCACCUUCUCACCUCACGCGCGGACCAAUCAGUCCUCCGCUCCUACGUCGUCGAGCUCCUCCCGCGCCUCUCCGCGCACCUCGAUGAAUUAGAAAUCGAGCUCGAAGCCCUCACCUUCCAAUGGUUCCUCUCCGUCUUCACCGACUGCCUCUCCGCCGAAGCACUCUUCCGCGUCUGGGACGUCGUCCUGUGUAUGCACGACGGCUCCACCUUCCUCUUCCAAGUCGCCCUCGCGCUGCUUAAGCUCAACGAGAAAGCACUCCUACAGUGUGACACCCCCGCCGGCGUGUACCACUACAUCAACCACCAAAUGACCAACCACGCCAUCAGCAUCGACGGCCUCAUCCAAGCCUCCGACGCCCUCGGCAAGGUCAUAAAGCGCAAGGACGUCGAAGAGCGCCGCGCAAAAGCCGUCUCCCACGAGCAGGAACUCAUGCGCCAGCGCGACGAAAUGCGCCAAGAGCGCGCGCGCAAGAGGGCGGGUCCCACUACCUCCACCCCCGCGGUCCCAGAAGAGGAAGAGGAAGAUGAAGAUAUAGAUGCGAAGAGUAUCUCGGCCUCCCUCGACGCCGGCCUCAGCAUGCGCACAAGCCCCAUGCGCACCCCGCUCAGCAGCGCGAGCAAGCGCAGCGAAGAACUCGAGGACGCCGACGACGUGCUCCAGAGCCUGGAUCUUGUCGAGCGCACGCCCAUGCCCAUGGAGGAAGAAUGUCUCUGGCGUGGGUAA